AUGGACUAUUCUUCAAUAAUAAUUGACUUAGAUUCUAGUAGCUCGACAUUCGAACAGGUGGAUGAGCAGAAAGAUAAAACCUUAUUUAUAGAGGAUGAAACCUCUAAGGAAACAACAGAAACUCCCAAACAACUUCAACAUAAAGCAGAAAUAUUUUACCAGUGUUACUCUUGUGAUUUUAUUACCAAACAUCUAAACUUGUUUAAUUCUCAUAAAGCUUUUGCACAUCCACAGCAUCCAAGCGACAGCACUGAACCAGCACCCGACGGUGAAAAAAACAUAGUUGAGGGAAAACGUCAAAACAAAAGGAAAUUCAAAACAGCUUUAUGUGACAAUGAAAAAAUAUUACUGCUUCAGUAUGUCAGCAAACUACAAUUAAAUAAAUAUUAUGAAUCUGUGGACACUAUUAAAAAUGCAUUAGAUAAUAAAUGGUAUGAAGUGUCGAAAAUAUUUAAAGAGAAUGGUUAUAGCAGGGCAGCUGCAAAAUUAGGAGGAUACUUUGUGAGUAUGAGAGUUGAAGCCAUGUCAAGGAUGAAACGUUAUUACAUUCAAAGAUCUGCUGUGAGACCCAGAAAUGUAGAUUAUUUAUUUGCAAAUUUAUUUCCCAAGCAUUUUGAGGAGCUCAGUUUGGAUAUGAAUGAAUUAAUGGCAGAUGCUUUAGUAGUAGCUAAAAUAUAUUCAAAGGAAAUGCUAGAAUAUUUAGUCCCCCUCGAAGAUCAAGAACGCCCUACUAUAUUGGACGAUAUAGCAUCCUUAGGUCAUUUAAACGACGUAGAACUUCGACCAAUUUUAGAGAGGCGUCAUUCGGAGGAAACCGAAGGACCACCAAAUAAAAUCGCCAAAGAAGUCCACGAAGACGAAGAUGCUUGGCUUAAAAGAAUGUUGGAUAUAACACGGGGACUAACGGGAAGAAACAACUGUGAAUCAACUUCAUCUAAAUCUUUAACGAUUGAAAAUAAUUCCUCAACAGAUGAUAUAAAUGAACUUAAAGCAAAACUUCUGGUUGCAGAAGACGAGCUGAGGAAGAAAAAUUAUGAGCUUGAACGCAAAACUUUAGAAAUUUCAUAUUUGAAAGAGCUUCACGCGAAGGAAUUAGAAAUAGAAAAAGUUAAACGUGCACUAGAUGCUCGAAACGUGGAAAAUAAAAUUUAG